GGCGUAGUAUUGACUGACCGUCUAAGAAGGAAGUCUACGAAAGAGUGCGGAGCGACUCGGUAUAUAUGACUACUCAACCAAAUGAGAUAAGCUAGGUUGCUCUCCACUUGGUAUGCCUACGUGACAAAGGGGAAAACCGAAUCCGUACCCAACUGCCGCAAACUCCCUACCCGGCGGACGAACCCCUCAUUCUCUCAUCCGCCCUUAUCUCGGGAGUAUCAGCGGCCUAACCAGCGUGACGUGAUUCGUUGGACGACCUGGCGCGGCCCGGAUACAGGCCGGGACCCUCCCUUCCCCUCCUCAACUCUACUGGAACUGAUCCGCUACGGCAUUCCGGCGACUUGCCUUCGACGUAGAUAAGAGCAAAGGAAACCCAUUCCUCCGUCGGGAUCACCGUACCACGUCUGAGGCGAAGCUUCAAUUACCUACGCCACACGAAAUCCUUAAGAGGGGGAAAGGCCCAAACCUCGGAGGCACGACACGCACACCCACACACAGACAUUGAGAAGGAGGGAGAGAGUACGGAACACGGGCGAAGCAGCAAUCCCCGAAGCCGCCUCGCAAUGUCAUCAUCCGCUACCGUGGCGCUCAUCACGGCGGGCAGCGCCGGGCUUGGAGCCGCGGCGGCGCGGGCCUUCGCUAAGAGCGGGUACCGGGUCGCCGUGAACUAUGCGAACAACGACGCGCGAGCGCUCGCCCUCGUCGCCGAGCUGCCGGCGCUAUCGCCCCUACCCCUCGGCGAUGAGGGAGGUGAGGGUGGCGGGAAGAACUUCGUCGCCAUUAAGGCGGACCUCGGCAGCCGCGACGAGAUAGGCCGUCUCGUGCGCGACGCCGUCGCGCGGUUCGGCCGGCUCGACGUCGUCUUCUCGAAUGGCGGCUGGACUCAGUUCCGCGGACUAUCCAGCAUCGACAAGAACGCGUACGAAGACGAGUGGGACAAGAGCUUCAACAUCAACGUCAAGUCGCACCUAUGGCUCAUGCAGGUCGCAAAGCCACACCUCGACGCGACCGAGGGUGCCUUCAUCAGCACGGCUUCGGUCGCCGGCGUGAAGCCCGGCGGGAGCUCGCUGGCAUACUCCGUCACCAAGGCAGCGCAGCUGCACCUCAUGAGAGCGCUCGCGGGCAUGGCGGCGCCCAAGGUCAGGGUCAACAGCGUGUCCCCGGGGCUGCUCCUCACGGACUGGGCCGACAUGUUCCCCGACGAGCUGAAGGAGGCGACGCGGCAGCGGUCGAAGCUGCAGCGCCUGGCCACAGUCGAGGACGUCGCCGAGCAGGUGCUGACGCUGGCGCGGAGCCGGAGCACGACGGGCAUCAACGUCGUGAUCGAUGGGGGGAUCAUGUUGUGAGCUUCGGCCCACUUCAGGGGAAGGGGGUGGUGGCGAGUUCGCGGCACGGGCUCACGGAGGCAGGGCAGGGUAUGCAUGCGUCGAGGUGUAGGAGCAUGUAGGUACUUAUGCACAUCUGCAUAGCCGUACCGAUCCCGCACGCAUGGGCGGCUCAAAGGGCAGUGGAAGAAGAGGGUAGGUUCGUGGAGAGGAGAGAUGCUUGUUACUACCAUAUGCCUCUACCAUAUGCCAUCACAAUCCAUAGACAUGCAUGCGGGAGAAACCCGAGUUAUUCGAGGCACUGCUUCGCCACGGUUGACGAGCUUCCAGAAGGAUGCGAUCCCCCUGUUCCGGGUCCGUGGCCGAGCGAGCAUUGCGAUUAUGAAACCCACGUGUCGAGCCAGAGGUUUCCACCGAGUCGGGUCCCAAGGGUAUACGGGGUAGGCUAUCUGGUCGGAUCCCGGCACCGCGGGAGGGGUAACAGGAGGAGGGUUGUAAAUCCGUAGCAGGCAAGGUAUGCAUGCCUGUAUGUGAGUAUGCAUGUGCGUUAGGCGGCGGAGGAGAGGAGAGGAGUGAAGCUACUCAUAUAUGAGUACCUAGUAGGCAUAUCUCAAAGGGGGCAAAAUGCCCGGGUCCCAUCGUCCCGACAGACACGAGACAUACCUACCGUAUUUUCUUGGCAAAGCCGGCCCGUGAGACCAUCCCUGGUUCUGUC